UGCCCUCCCAGAUUCAAUUCUUCAUCCUCCUCCUUCCGUUUAUGUGAUCUCAUCCCUCCUUUCAUCCACCUCUUUUGGAGAACUCAAGGAGCAAGAAUUUGUAAGAACCAGGUCAAUAGAACAUGUAAAGCCAAAUUUGGGGGCUGUCGAUAUUAUGCAGGGGAGAAGGAAAUCAAAUCUGCACUUUUGGGUAAACCACAGAAUUGAAGUAGUGAGGAAACAAAAGGUUAAAGAAGGCAAGAUGUCUAGAAGAGGAAAGGGAGGAGCGAAGCGUCAUAGGAAGGUGCUUCAUGAAGCUAGUGAUCAUGCAUCUGUCUAGGUCUAGAGGAGUCAAGGGUAUUAGCGGCCUCAUCUAAAAAGAGAUUCGCGGCGUCCUCAAGUUCUUCUUAAAGAAAUGUAAUUCGCAGCC